GUGCGUCUCAUUGUCACUCCAGCGCGCGGCUGUUCGAAGCGGCAGGACUUCUCACCUUUCUGCCUGCGGAGCCGAGACAGUCGGCGUCCAGUCAGGAUCCCGGUGACCACUGGGACGUGAGCUUUACCUGUCCUGGACGUUAACACCAAAUGACAGUUAUCGAUACCAGUCUACCUUACGACGGGCGCUGCAUUUUGGGAAUUGCAGAGAUAAAGUGCGUCUGAGGGACGCGUUUUUUUUUAAAUUUAUUUAUUUAAUUUGCUUUUGAGCGUUUCUCGUCGUGUGAAGAUGCAGCUGCUGAGAACGCGCGCAAAGCACUUCGAUGUUUCGAUUGAAACAGAUCAGGCGUAACCUAAAGAGAAUGGUUUCAGACUAAUUAUCACCUCCAUUUACUGAUGUUUGAAGAAAGGUCCUCUGUUUUCCAGAUCGGCAUAACCUACCUACUCAGUUGAACUGCAUUUUUCUGAAACAUGAGGACUUCAGGACAAGGAACUGAGAGGCUGAACACCCAUACAAUUUUAUGUGGUAACGACCCACUUGUGAUUUAGGACACUGUGUUUUUGGUUGCUUCUACUUAAUGCAUUUUACAAAGCUGGCCAUAUGGUACGUGCCAAGUGCUGUGGUUCUGAUUUGUGUCAUCCUGAUUGUGGUGCUUAUUCACACCUACGAUCAUAAUUAGGACACAUACAGUAUAUGGCUCCUUCAGAAUACUGGUCAUAAUUUAGGAUAGUUUCUUCUGCUACCUCCACUACAUACAGUAUAAUGUCCCUUUGAAUACUAUUUUUCUGGUGGCUCCUGCACACUAAGUGUGAUUUAGGACGCUACACAUCUCUUCUGCUCUACAAUGCUCGAAUUGUUGUGUGUGUUGUGCAUACUGAUCUUCAUUGGUUGCUUUUGGGCUAUUAAACAGCACCUUGCAUUUGGGAAAGCUAGGGCAUCUUUACAGGACCACUUAAGGGGCCAUCCAAGUUCCAGUUUAAGUGAUGACUCUAAGGAUGCCAUCUUACUCAUCUGCAAACCUUCAGCUUUGGCCAACUACCUCAUCAAGCAUUGCACUACCUUCCACGGCUUCUGGACCAGCCUAAGUUGGACUUGGAACUGGACUUCUAGCCCCUUCCUGCAAACUAUAUUCAAUACCUGCUGGCCAGUUGAUGGUAAAAUUCACUUCAUAAGAGACUGUCUACAAAUGAGUGAUGAAGGUCUAGUAGCAUUAGACUGGGCUGUGCCAGGGACAGCAUUGCACAGGAGGAGGAGGGCAUCCAGUAACUCAACUGCUCCAGUUCUAGUGAUCAUCCCCAACUCAUUUGGAAGACUUACCAGGAACACAGUCAAGCUAUGUGAGACAGCUCUGGACCAUGGUUACCUGCCAGUGGUGUUUAACCGACGCAGCCAGAAUGGAACACCUCUCAGCACACCUCGACUCCAGCAGUUCGGAGACCCUUCUGACCUCAGAGAGGCUAUACGCUACAUCCGCUACAGACAUCCUUCAGGGCGCUUAUAUGCUGUUAGUGAAAGCACAGGGUCUGGUCUUCUUCUGUCCUAUCUGGGCGAGUGUGGCUCCUCCAGCUAUAUGACUGCUGCUGCCUGCAUCUCACCCAUAUUCCGCUGCCAGGACUGGUUUGAGAGUGGACCACCUUGGAUAUACCACUGGCCCUUGUUGCUUUACCAAAAAAUCUGCCUCAGCAGAUACACGACGGCCCUGAGUGAGAUCAUACACAUGGAAGAGCUGUUCUCCAGCUGUUCACUGCGGGUCUCGGAGGAGGCCAUGUUCUGCCACUCUGGAGCAAAGGAGGCAGAAGGGAGCUAUAGCACCUCUCCCUGGGAGUCAUACUGGGAGCGCAACGAUCCUUUGCGGGAUGUGGAUGAGGUGGCUAUUCCUGUGUUGUGUUUGUGCAGUCGGGAUGACCCAAUCCGUGGUGACCCUUCAACUACUGUACCCUUUGAACUCUUUGAAACCAACCCUCAUUUCUUCUUGCUUCUCACCAGCACUGGAGGGCAUUGUGGUUUCAUUUCCAGUGGAAGCAACAGAGACAUCUCCUCUUCAAGCUACAUGUGGAGCCACCAGGCAUUGCUGGAGUUUUUCCAUGCCACUAGUGAGUUUUUUGCAGCAGAGGAAAGGACCAAACUAGCUGUCAGGCGCCGAGGAUUAGGGGUUGGGUCCAAUGUUAAAGGCUUCCCUUGCCGCAGUGUGAGCAUUUGCAAAAAGGAAGCAGUCUGCUCUCACAACAUUCAUGACAUUUACAACUGGCAAAGGUCCUACACAAGGUAACAGUGAGAGGGCAGCCCUGUGUAAAGUGCGUGGUACAGACUUGCCAUGGGACAACGCGAGGGUAAAAUUAUCGGUGGGGCUCCAGCUGCAGGAUGUCUCUCUGCUUUCACUCUCAGGUUUGCUAAACAGUGGGUCUUUAGAAGAUGAUGUUACUUCAUUAUCUCAUGUGGGUCACAUUACAGCACAUAUAAUAUUAAAACCGUGGUUAAAUGAUGUUAAAAUGUUAAAUAUAAAAUGAAAUAAGCAGAUCCAGAAUAUCAAAUGGGCAAGGACAAAGACCAAGGAAUGGAGCUAGCUGAAUAGGAGAAUGGCAACACAUUAAAGACUGAAGGCGAAGGACAGCAAGAGGAUAACACAGAACUGUGACUAUCUGCUGACAAGAGUGCUUUGAGGUUUUGAUGCAGUGACCACACUGGCUUCAGAAGACCACGGUCGAGUUGUACAGGACAAGUGAUUUAGGCCUGUACUGAUUUUAGAGCUUUGUCAGUAUGGCAGUCUUUACAAAUAUUCUGCAAGCCAGUGUGACUUGUCCUCCUGGGAGGUUAUGUAGUUAUGAUAUUUGUUGUCUACGGCAGUAGCAUUUUUUCUCACUUGGGGGCUCAUAAUAAUACUUUUGGGAUUUUUUAGAGAGACUUCUAAGGAGUGAAUGUUAGUAGGCCAGCCAAGAGGCAAUAAAAACACAGAAAAAUGUUUAGCAUCUGAGAUAUGUUUAGACUUUGGAGACAUUACCCAGUAGAAGAAGAUGGCAGGAUCCCAGUUUAAGUGGGAAAAAAAAUAAUGCGUUAUAACCUAUAAAAAUGUGUGACAGAUCAGAGGGGGAUGGCUUGGGUAAUAAUAAAGGAAAUAUGAAGUAGGACACACUGUAAGUCACUUUGAAUGUUCCCAACCAAGCUUCUAUGAAAUGCCAAAAGAAUACCAGUUGGCUUUGCUGCCAAGUUAUUAGAUAGCUAGUACUUUAUUUGUCCAAAGGGGAAUUUACAAAGUUAUUAUAUAAAUAACACAAAGUAUGGUAUCAUUGCAAUAUGAAACGAAAAGCACAGAUCAAGUCAUUCUGAUGUUUUUAUUGGUUAUCUUAUGUGAAUAUGUAUACUUUUCAUUCUUUGUGAUGGACUUUACAGUUUGGGCUUCUGUCUUAAUAAAAUUGCUGGUGGGAUAGAGUCCAGAUGAUGGAUGAAUGAAUGGAUGAUUGCAUAGCAAGACACUUUUUGUGACAUGGAAAAUGAGGUUAAUUUCAGGAACAAAUAUUGGUAUCAAUUCAAGGAAAAUACACAAGAGAUAAUAAAUACAAACUGUCAAGAGACAGAAACAGAGCCAUAGGAAAUGUCAUUGAGUUGAAGUUGAGUCAUGGGCAACAGAGGUGCUGCAAAAAUACCAAAGUGUUUGUCUUUUUAUUUCCAUUCAUGCAUUCUUGAUUUAUAAUAAGCACCUGGUGACACUCUUUUUAAGUUACAUGUAGGUGGUAAAUACAUGUUUCCUAUCUAACAUUAAGAAAAGAAGCUUUAAAAUUAUUUUGAUAUACCUUGUGAAAUGCAGCCACUUCUAAGUGAAUGUCUAAUGUUUCUAUGUUGUUUCUUGACAUUUGUAUAUGUGUUUGUAUGUUUUUAGAGUGUCUUGAAAUAAAAAAUGCAAAACCA